ACGUGGGCGGCCGAUGAGUACAAUAUGGGCAACGAGGUCAUAGAUAUAAAAAUCGAACAAAAGAUGAUGAGAGGACAUGAUAUAGUUAAUAUAAAAGCACUGCCCCAGCAUUGUCAAGGAGAAGUCCUCUAGCAGAAUUAGAUCAGAUAAACUCAGAAAAAAAUGGCAGAAGAAGAAGUGAGACUCUUCAGGACAUGGUCGAGCCCUUUUGCUCUGAGGGCUAUUUGGGCUUUGGAGCUGAAGGGAGUCCCGUACGAGAACAUAUUCGAAAACCUUUCCAGCAAGAGCCAGCUGCUUCUGCAGUACAAUCCUGUCCACGGCAAGGUGCCGGUGCUCGUUCACAAUGGAAGAGCAGUUUGCGAGUCACUUGUGGUCGUCGAGUACAUCGAUGAAACCUGGACCCAGAACCCCCUGCUGCCCGAGGAUCCCCUUGAGCGGGCCACUGCCCGGUUUUGGGCCAAGUUUGGGGACGACAAGGUCAUGCAAUCGAUCUGGGACUUGGUCCAAAAAGGACGGGAAGAGCAAGAAGCAGGUCUUGCACAAGCCAUUGAAAGUCUCCAACCACUGGAAGAGAUUCUGAAGGGAAAGAAAUUCUUCGGAGGAGAGAAGAUCGGCUUUCUGGACAUUGCAUUGGGUUGGCUUUCGAACUUAGUCCCCGUGUUCCAUGAGAUCACCGGCCUUAAACUAAUCGAAGAGGAAAGGUUCCCGCUUCUGUCUGCCUGGAUGAAGGAUUUCUCUGGGUUCCCAACCAUUAGGGAAACCUUGCCUCCUCAUGACAAGUUGGUGACCAAGUUCCGGGCCCAGUUGGAGGCGCUUCGGGCGAAAUCUCGGUCUCAGCAGUGAUGAUGAGGCAAUGCCGAGAUGACGUGUUUGUUUCGCGUGAUUCUAAUAACAGGGAGAAGUGCAAGGCAACCUGGAUAUGUGUUUUUCGUUGCGAUGAAAUAGGGAAUUCGAGUCGCGUGCCCUGAGACAUUGAGCUGUGGUGGCUAUUCGGUCUAUUAGGUUCUUAGAAAUAUCCUUUUUACGUGCAGGUUUGCCUUCGCAAAAUGAUUAGAACAAUACUGGAAGCUUUGCUUACAUUCUCUCAUGUCUGUCGAAAAUAAUAUCUGGAUUCUGUCAUUGAGGCUGGACAAGGUCCAAGUAAUUAGUGGAAUGAUUGUAUGCGUUAUGAAA